AUGUCGAAUUUCGUGAACAGAAGCUUUUCCUGGACACGGAAAGCGCAGAGCUCAUCCGAGCCACUGCGUCUGAUGGACAUCAUCAGACCUGACUCUUCUUUAAUAUGGUUCGCUCAAUUCCUUUCUUGGGGACUGAACAGUUAUGCCCCUCUGAUGUGCGUCUUUGGGCUUGUGGCGUUUUUGAAAACCUAUUAUGACAAGCUGCAAUCACUGAUCGACCAUUAUUUCACUGUAACACUCCAUGUCAAAGCUACAGACGAGUCGUUUGACAUGCUUAUGGCCUGGGUCUCGUCUCGUGAAGUUGACAAUGCAGCAAGAUCGAUUAUUGCUCGGGUAGGUGGAAAGUCCAGUGGGGGCGUCGAGAAAAGUGAUAAGAAACCAAUUUCCUUUUCACCAUGGAUUGGAUCGUUUUCUUUUCCAUUUAGGCGCAAAACCCUUUCAUUCGAAAUGCAAACUGUGGACAGGGGGUUGCACAAAGAGGACGUCAUCGCCAUCAGUUGCCCAGGUAGUUCGGUGCAAAUUCUUAAAGAUUUCAUUGGAGAAUGUCGACUCGAAUACUUGCAGCGAAUUGGAAGCAAGAUAACUAUGUUUGAAAACUCUGGCGACUACUGGAAGAGAAUAUCAACAAAGGAGAAACGGCCGCUUGCCACUGUCAUUAUCAGCGGUUCCCUAAAACAAGAAUUAGUGGACGACUUGAAGAAUUUUCUAAGCGAAGAGACACGUCAAUGGUAUAUUCAGCGCAGCAUUCCAUAUCGAAGGGGGUAUCUGCUUCAUGGUCCGCCUGGCACUGGAAAGUCAAGCCUCGGCUCGGCGGUGGCCGGGGAAUUCAAUCUCGACAUAUACAUCAUUAGUGCCCCAAGCGUGGAUGACAAGACGCUGGAGGAGCUGUUCAAUAGCCUUCCUGGGAGAUGUGUUGUUUUGCUGGAGGAUAUCGAUGCUAUUGGGACGGAUCGACAGGGUUCGGACAAAAAGGCAAAAAAGGCACUCUCGCUGUCAGGACUCUUAAACACCCUGGAUGGUGUUGCAUCUCAAGAAGGGCGGGUGUUGAUCAUGACUACGAAUCAUAUUAAAAAUUUGGACGAAGCGCUCAUAAGACCGGGCCGUAUUGACGUGAAGCUUGAAAUUCCGUUGGCAGAUUCAGAUGUGACCAAAGACCUGUUCAGCUUCGUGCUCAAGCCCGAUAAACGACAUGACGCCAUUGAUGACGAGAUAAUUUUGGAACUGAGCAGGCUUGCAGGAGACUUUGCCAAGAAAGUCCCAGAGCUCAAAUUCAGCACGGCGCAGAUUAUGUCUUUUCUCUUGAAGCAUAAGAACUCGGCUGAAGACGCGUUGAAGGAAGCCAAUAAUUGGUUCGGAGUUGCACCAAGCGAGAAACAAGUCAAGGAUGGAGAAGGAAAGUGUAAAGACUCUAUAGAGUCUCCUCAACAUGCGGAAGAUGGCUUGUGGAUGAAAAGUGGGAAGGAGAAACCCGCUGAGAACCGACUAAAGAGGACCAAGAAGUUUCCCGAUUUAAAGCUCCUUAUACCCGUCUCUCCGCCUCCGUCUCUUUGUGCUUCCACGCCUCCCUUGAGUGCCGUCGGUGAGUCCGUUGUCCGUAGAACUUCCGCUGCGCCUGAUGCUGGUGCUGGAACCGAGCCGGAUCUAGUUGUCCAAGAUCACUGCAGCAAGACCGGCUGCGAUCAUAAUGCUCGAGUUUGGGACAUUGACACAGAGUUCCCAUUGGAUCAUGGCGAUCGUAAGAUGACUGCAGAUGACCGCCGCGGUUUAGGCAUUCAGGGCUGGAGGAAGGAGAAGCAAUCUUAUGAUAAGGCCUCUACACCUGACAUCGGAGAUCGCUGGCUAGAGACUCAGCCACAGCACGGCAACAGAGCUUUCCACCCAGUCGGGGAGUUAAAUAAGGCUAUCAUCGUCACCACCUCUAUUGAACAGACUACCAGCCCCAGCACUGGGUCAAUGGCGACCAGCAAGGUUCAGACCGAUAUCAUAGCGAUGCGUCCCACCACUCUUCAUGAUAUUCCUUCCGCUCUACCGUCUCUCGAUCUGGGCACUUCGGAUCUUCUAUUUGGAUCUCACGAUGAAGUUGGGGAUGCUUCUGGGCAGAUCAACGGGUCAGCACUUUUAUUUGAACUGUUGACAGUACCUACAACCCGCCGGAAUGAACAUCUCGUCGGGGAUUCUGACAAGAAUAGAGAGCUGAAUAUCAGCAGCGCAAUUAAGGACGUACAAAAGAUUGUUCCUGUGGAUAUAUUUCCAGGAAUGAGCCUGGAAUGGCGUAUGCCCGAUGCUGCUGAUGGGUCGCAGGGCACCGGUCUCGCCAUAAAUCUAAACCCGAGCAGCUGUAACACCGCUGAUGAAACUGGUUGGGUGAAGGUAGUCUCGAAUGUUCAUUCAAUGGAGAUUGAAGGCCUAGGGCAAGAAGCAGGUCGCCCGGUAGAUGCGCCCGAAGCGUAA